GGCUAAUACGCUUGGAAGCUCCAUAGCUUCCGACACCAACCGUUUCACGCCCUAUCAAAGACUGACAACUGCCGCACGCGACCCAGCAAGGACCAACCGCAACACCUGCCGUGAGAUGGAACGAGAACAGCUUCCAAUCAUCAUCAGAGGCGUUCGGGACGAAGACAUCCCGGCCAUCACUGAAAUAUACCACGAUGUUGUCACCAACUCUACCGCCACAUACGAGGUUGACCCCCCGACCGUUUCGGUGAUGAGAGACAGGCUGUCGGCGCUCAGGGAAGCCGGAUUCCCCUGCUUGGUCGCAGCAUCAUCAUCAUCGUCAUCAUCACCCGACACCGGGUCGAGGGGGAUCCUGGGCUACGCCUACGCGAGCGCGUUCCGUCCGCGACCGGGAUAUCGCUUCACGGUGGAGAACUCGGUGUAUGUGGCGCCCGACGCCAGAGCCCGCGGCGUGGGCCGCCACUUGAUGCAGGCUCUCGUCAAGGAGUGCGAGCGUCUCGGCUUCCGCCAGAUGGUGGCCGUCAUUGGGGACGGCGGCCCUUCCAACCCCUCGGUCCUGUUCCACGAGAAGCUCGGGUUCACCGUCUCGGGGGUGCUGAAGAGUUCCGGGUACAAGUUUGGGAGGUGGCUGGAUACGGUGUUUAUGCAGCUCGCCAUCGGCGACGGUGCUGAGAGCCCGCCCGAUCCCGCUUCGCUGCCAGAACAAAGACGUAAAAAUUAGAGAUCAUUAAGAGGUGUGAUCGGGGGAGGGGAUAGAAGGGGCGUCGAACUGCAAUCCUCCCUCGGUUUUCAUCUGACUUUUCGAUUUGGACCGUCGAGCGAAGUCUGUUUUCCGUAAUAAUAGACAGUCCUCGAAUAUUAGGUCUAUUCCUGCCAACCCGUCAGAUAAUUACGUCAGAUACUAAAGCGUGUUCUA